UAAUGUUGUUGUACUUUCUUCCACAAUAGUAAGCUGUGCAGGAAAAUGCUAUGAAAAGAAACACUGGAUGAAUGAAUGAAAAGCCCUGCUUUUCCACCCUUCAGCAUGGCAGGACUACAACUCAUGACCCCAGCUUCUUCUCCAAUGGGUCCUUUUUUUGGACUACCAUGGCAACAAGAAGCAAUUCAUGAUAACAUUUACACACCAAGAAAAUAUCAGGUGGAACUCCUGGAAGCAGCUCUGGAUCACAAUACUAUUGUCUGUUUGAACACUGGCUCAGGGAAGACUUUUAUUGCAGUGCUACUCAUUAAAGAACUUUCUUAUCAGAUCCGGGAAGACUUCAACAAAAAAGGAAAAAGAACAGUAUUUUUGGUUAAUUCCGCAAAUCAAGUUGCUCAGCAAGUAUCAACUGUUAAGACACAUUCAGAUCUCAAAGUGGGAGAGUAUUCAAGUUUGGAAAUAACAGAAGCAUGGACAAAAGAAAGAUGGAACCAGGAAUUUGCAAAGUAUCAGGUUCUGGUUAUGACCUGUCAAAUCGCUUUGAAUGUUUUAAAAAAUGAACAUUUAGCCCUCUCAAACAUUAAUCUCCUUAUUUUUGAUGAGUGCCAUCUUGCAAUCCAGGAUCAUCCUUAUAGAGAAAUUAUGAAGCUUUGUGAAAGUUGUCCAUCCUGUCCUCGAAUCUUGGGAUUAACUGCUUCCAUUUUAAAUGGAAAGUGUGAUCCGGCAGAGUUAGAGGAGAAGAUUCAGAAACUGGAGAAAAUUUUAAAGAGCAGUGCUGAAACGGCAACUGAUUUAGUAGUUUUGGACAGAUAUACUUCUCAGCCAUGUGAGAUUGUGGUGGAUUGCGGACCAUACUCUGACAAAAGUGGGCUCUAUGAAAGAUUGUUAACAGAGCUGGAUGAUGCGCUUAGCUUUCUGAAUGAUUGCAACAUAUCUGUACAUUGUAGAGAGAGAGAUUCUAUCUUAAUUUCUAAGCAGAUACUGUCAGACUGCCGGGCAGUGUUGCUUGUUUUGGGACCGUGGUGUGCAGAUAAAGUAGCUGGGAUGAUGGUGAGAGAGCUACAGAAGUACAUUAAGCAUGAGCAAGAGGAGCUACACAGGAAAUUUUUAUUGUUUACAGAUACUUUCCUAAGGAAAAUUCAUGCACUCUGUGAAGAGCACUUCUCUCCUGCCUCACUUGACCUGAAAUUUGUAACCCCAAAAGUAAUAAAACUGCUUGAAAUCUUGCGCAAAUAUAAACCCUAUGAACGGCAACAAUUUGAAAGUGUUGAAUGGUAUAAUAAUAGGAAUCAAGACAAUUAUGUAUCUUGGAGUGAUUCUGAGGAUGAUGAUGAGGAUGAAGAAAUAGAAGAGAAAGAGAAGACAGAGACUAACUUUCCUUCUCCGUUUACCAAUAUUUUAUGUGGAAUUAUUUUUGUGGAACGAAGAUACACUGCAGUUGUUUUAAACAGGUUGAUAAAAGAAGCUGGCAAACAAGACCCAGAGCUGGCUUACAUCAGCAGCAAUUUUAUAACUGGACAUGGCAUUGGAAAGAAUCAGCCCCGUAGCAAACAGAUGGAAAUAGAAUUCCGAAAGCAGGAAGAGGUUCUUAGAAAAUUUCGAGCACAUGAAACCAACUUGCUAAUUGCAACUAGUAUUGUAGAAGAGGGUGUUGACAUACCAAAAUGCAAUUUGGUGGUUCGUUUUGAUUUGCCCACAGAAUAUCGUUCCUAUGUGCAAUCCAAAGGAAGAGCCAGGGCACCAAUCUCAAACUACAUUAUGUUAGCUGAUUCAGACAAAAUUAAAUGUUUUGAAGAAGAUCUUAAAACCUAUAAAGCGAUUGAGAAGAUUCUGAGGAACAAAUGCUCGAAAUCUGUUGAUAUUAGUGAAACAGAAAAUGAGCCUAUUAUAGAUGAUGAUGACAUCUUCCCACCAUAUGUGUUGAGGCCAGAAGAUGGUGGUCCAAGAGUCACAAUAAACACUGCUAUUGGGCACAUUAAUCGGUAUUGUGCUAGAUUACCAAGUGAUCCAUUUACUCAUCUGGCUCCGAAGUGUAAAACUAGAGAGCUUCUUGAUAACACAUUUUAUGCAACACUUUAUCUACCUAUCAAUUCUCCUCUUCGAGCAUCAAUAGUCGGUCCUCCAAUGAGUUGUGCGAGAUUAGCAGAAAGAGUUGUCGCUCUUAUUUGUUGUGAAAAAUUGCAUAAAAUUGGUGAACUAGAUGAUCACUUGAUGCCUGUUGGAAAAGAAACAGUAAAAUAUGAAGAGGAACUUGAUUUGCAUGAUGAAGAAGAAACCAGUGUUCCAGGAAGGCCAGGUUCUACAAAACGAAGGCAGUGCUACCCUAAAGCUAUUCCAGAAUGUUUGAGGGACAGUUAUCCCAAACCUGAUCAACCCUGUUACCUUUAUGUAAUUGGUAUGGUCUUAACUACUCCUUUACCUGAUGAGCUCAACUUCAGAAGACGAAAACUAUAUCCUCCCGAAGAUACUACAAGAUGUUUUGGAAUACUGACAGCCAAACCUAUACCUCAGAUUCCUCAUUUUCCUGUAUAUACCCGCUCAGGAGAAGUGACUAUAUCUAUUGAGUUAAAAAAAUCAAGUUUCACUUUAUCAUUACAAAUGCUUGAGUUAAUCACACGACUUCACCAAUAUAUAUUCUCUCACAUUCUUCGACUUGAAAAACCUGCACUAGAAUUCAGACCCACUGAUGCUGAUUCAGCCUAUUGCGUUCUACCUCUUAAUGUUGUUGAUGGCUCCAGCACUUUGGACAUUGAUUUUAAAUUUAUGGAAAAUAUUGAGAAAUCGGAAGCUCGUACUGGCAUUCCCAGUACACAAUAUACAAAAGAAACACCAUUCAUUUUUAAAUUGGAGGAUUACCAGGAUGCAGUUAUCAUUCCAAGGUAUCGAAAUUUUGAUCAGCCUCAUCGAUUCUAUGUUGCUGAUGUCUACACAGAUCUUACACCAUUGAGCAAAUUUCCUUCACCAGAAUAUGAAACAUUUGCUGAAUAUUAUAAAACAAAGUACAACCUUGAUCUGACCAAUCUCAACCAGCCAUUGCUGGAUGUGGACCACACAUCGUCAAGACUUAAUCUUUUGACACCUCGGCAUUUGAAUCAGAAGGGGAAAGCUCUUCCGUUAAGCAGUGCAGAGAAACGGAAAGCCAAGUGGGAAAGUCUGCAAAAUAAGCAGAUUUUGGUUCCAGAACUCUGCGCUAUACAUCCUAUUCCAGCAUCACUGUGGAGAAAAGCAGUUUGUCUCCCUAGUAUCCUUUAUCGUCUUCACUGCCUUUUGACAGCCGAGGAACUCAGAUCUCAAACAGCUAUUGAUGCUGGUGUAGGAGUCAAGUCACUUCCUAUGGAUUUCAGAUAUCCUAACCUGGACUUUGGAUGGAAAAAAUCGAUUGAUAGCAAAUCCUUCAUCUCUGCUCCUAAUUCCUCUCUAGAAGAGAAUGAAAAUUAUUGUAAGCACAGUGCAAUUAUAAUCCCUGAAAAUGCUGCACAUCAAGGUGCUAUUAAAACCCCCUCCACAGAUAAGCAUGACCAAAUGUCUGUGAACUACAGAGCAUUGAUAGAGUCACCCAGCAAACUCCAAAAGGAUGUCUCAGUAGAACUGGCAACAACUAACGGUGUUUCUUACAAUAAAAAACUUGCCAACGGCAAUUGUGACAUACCUAACAGAGAGAUUUGCCAAGAAAAUCAGCUAAAUUACUGCAGGCAAGAAAUACCUGUACAAUCAACUACCUCGUAUCCUAUUCAAAAUUUAUACAACAAUGAGAACCAGCUCAAGUUCAGCAAUGAAUGUACUCUGAGUAAUAAAUACCUUGAUGGAAAUGCUAACAAAUCUACCUCAGAUGAUUGUCCCAAAAUGGCAGUGAGCACCAGUGCUUCAGAAGGUUGCAAGCCUUCAGAAGAAAGUAUGGAUUCUGUAACAAGCUCUUCCAGUGGUUAUUCCUCAAGAACCCUUGGUCCAAACCCUGGUCUCAUUCUUCAGGCAUUGACUCUUUCAAAUGCUAGUGAUGGAUUUAAUCUGGAACGGCUUGAAAUGCUUGGUGAUUCAUUUUUAAAACAUGCCAUCACUACAUACUUGUUUUGCACUUAUCCUGAUGCUCAUGAGGGACGCCUGUCAUAUAUGAGAAGCAAAAAAGUCAGCAAUUGUAACCUGUAUCGUCUUGGAAAAAAGAAAGGGCUUCCUAGUCGCAUGGUAGUGUCUAUAUUUGAUCCUCCUGUGAACUGGCUUCCUCCUGGUUACAUAGUAAACCAAGACAAGAGCAAUGCAGACAAAUGGGGAAAAGAUGAAAUGACAAAAGAGGGCUUACUGUCUAAUGGAAAACAUGAUUAUGAUGAUGACGACGAUGACGAUGACUUAAUGUGGCGAGUACCCAAGGAAGAAACUGAGUUUGAAGAUGACUUUUUGGAAUAUGAUCAGGAGCAUAUCAAAUUUAUUGACAAUAUGUUAAUGGGUUCUGGAGCAUUUGUGAAGAAAAUAUCACUGUCUCCGUUUUCACCUGCUGAUAGCAGUUACGAAUGGAAAGCACCCAAAAAAUCAUCUUUGACUAAUGUUCAAUUUUCAUCAGAUUUUGAUGAUUUUGACUAUAGCUCAUGGGAUGCAAUGUGCUACUUAGAUCCUAGCAAAGCUGUUGAAGAGGAUGAUUUUGUUGUAGGUUUCUGGAAUCCAUCAGAGGAAAACUGUGGUAUUGAUGCUGGAAAACAAUCUAUCUCAUAUGAUUUGCAUACAGAACAAUGCAUUGCUGACAAAAGCAUUGCAGACUGUGUAGAAGCCCUUUUGGGAUGUUAUCUGACCAGCUGUGGGGAAAGAGCUGCCCAGCUUUUCCUUUGUUCAUUGGGUCUGAAAGUGCUUCCAGUUAUUAAAAAAACCGAGUGGGACAAUGUUCUGUACUCUUACAGAGACCAUUUUAAUAGCCAACAGAAGCAUUCUUCAGCAAACUGCAUUUCUGUCUCUUUAGCUAAUCAAGAAUCUUCUCACUAUAAAGACUUGGUAUACGGCUGUUUAAAGAUUCCUCCAAGAUGUAUGUUUGAUCAUCCAGAUGCUGAGACAACUUUAAAUCAUCUUAUAUCAGGCUUUGAAAACUUCGAGAAAAAGAUUAACUACAGUUUUAAGAACAAGGCUUAUCUACUUCAGGCAUUUACUCAUGCCUCGUAUCAUUACAACACCAUUACUGAUUGUUACCAGCGGUUAGAAUUUCUGGGAGAUGCAAUUUUGGACUACCUCAUAACUAAGCACCUUUACGAAGACCCACGACAGCAUUCACCAGGAGUCCUAACAGACCUGAGAUCGGCUCUUGUUAAUAACACCAUCUUUGCCUCACUGGCUGUAAAAUAUGACUACCACAAAUAUUUCAAAGCUGUUUCUCCUGAGCUGUUUCAUGUUAUUGAUGAUUUUGUACAGUUUCAAAUGGAAAAGAAUGAAAUGCAAGGAAUGGAUUCUGAGCUCCGAAGAUCUGAAGAAGAUGAAGAAAAAGAAGAAGAUAUAGAAGUACCAAAGGCUAUGGGAGAUAUAUUUGAGUCCCUUGCUGGUGCAAUUUACAUGGAUAGUGAAAUGUCUCUGGAAAUGGUUUGGCAAGUGUACUAUCCAAUGAUGAGGCCAUUAAUAGAAAAAUUCUCUGCAAAUGUGCCCCGUUCGCCAGUAAGAGAGCUGUUGGAAAUGGAGCCAGAGACAGCCAAAUUUAGUCCUGCCGAAAGAACUUAUGAUGGAAAGGUUAGAGUAACUGUGGAAGUUGUAGGAAAGGGGAAGUUCAAAGGUGUUGGAAGAAGCUAUCGGAUUGCCAAAUCAGCAGCAGCAAGAAGAGCUCUACGAAGCCUCAAAGCAAAUCAACCUCAGGUUCCGAAUAGCUGAGACAUCUUCUUAAAAAACAAAUAUACCAUAAAGAGAAAAUUUUAAAAUAUAUAUAUGUGUUGAGAGGAAAAAACUGAAGACAGUAAUUAAAGUUGAUAAUAAAGUAGUUAACAACAUUAACAUGUAUACAUAAUUUUGGAACUAAUUGUAGUUAUAAGGGUUGGUUUUUUUUUGCGCAAACACAAUCUUGUCUCCUUUCCUCACUUCUGCUUUGUUUAAUCACAAGAGUGCUUUAAUAUUUAGCAAAUGUUCAAAUCAAUUGUCAGGUCCUUUGGUUUACUUUUCCACUACAGUACAGGUUUGCUUUGCUUAGCUUAAAGGCCAGGGAGCCAUGUCUCUUGUGAGAUAAAUAUCUGUAUCUCUACUUCUAUCUAGAAAUAUGGAUAUAUCUUGAAAUUCCUUUAAUCUGUGCACUAGUGCCAGUUACAAAGCAGUUAUAAACUGUACUGGAUAAUAUGGUGUAAAAAUAAGUGUGCCAGUAUUGUCCUUGUUCUUUCCAUGUCAUCUUUGCAUUAAGAUGGCAUUCCCAAUCAUUAUUGCACUUAUUUGUUAUGGACAGGUUUUUAAUUGAAAUGUCUUGCAUUCAAUAGAAUUUUAAAUUGAUGCCACAUAGUCUUGCAUUAAAGGUUCUUGCCUUAAAAAUACAUACACCCUCAAAAUUAGAAAAUUUUCAGUUUUUUUAUCUCUUUGGAACAAACUGUAUUAUAUUCCCUCCACUUUUAGAAUGCAUUUUGCAAUGAUAAAUCUCUGUAUUUACAGUACUUGUUAGUUUAGCUGUGACUUAACUUAUUACGCAAGUAAUAGAAUUGUAUUCAUAUAUACGUAGUGAGGUUAUUUUUAACAUUUCAAAGGAAAUUAUUAGUACAGAGUUUAUUUGAUAUUGCAAAGGAAAUGUUUCUUCUUAAUUUACAUUGUUAAGAAACCAAGAGUCUAGACUGAGCAGUGUCCAUUACUCUUGUAGAACUUCCUUUCACUUCAAGGGGCUUAUGCAGGAGAUUUUCUUGGUGGAUUACUGCCAUGGUUUACUGGAACUUAGUAAUGAUAAUUGCACAGUGUGAACUGUUGCUUUUUUUAAAAAGAAAUAAGAACCUUUGACAUAUC